AUGAAAUCUGAGACAUCCAGGAAGGUUGUGUUCAAUUGCCCUGAUAAAUCGAACAAUGGAUUAUGUGUAUUCAUUGGUUUAACUUGGUCGAGAAAAUUGGUUUCGACACCAUUCUCCUUGAGAGAGGCUAGAUACAGGUCCACCAGAUGUUUUGGGGUACGACAGUCAGCCCAUCCAAAAAAAUUGUUGGCCUACGAAUGUGGUUUCGAUCCUUUCGAUGAGGGUAGUCAUUUCGAUUUACGAUUUUAUCUUGUUUCACUUUUAUUUAUUAUCUUUGAUCCAGAAGUACCCUUUUUCUUUUCUUGGGCAAUACCUCUCAACAAGAUUGAUCUGUUUGGAUCUUGGUCCAUGAUGGCCAUUUUAUUGAUUUUGACAAUCCGAUCUCUGUGA